AUGUACAAAAUUUGAUAGCUAUAAAAGUUCACUUCACUUUCCUAGUAUCGAAUCCGAAUACAAAGUUCAAGAUGUGCUAACAAGUCUGCGCGCGAAACUGAUACGAACAAUCUAGGCAUUUAAUUAUAAAUUAAUAACCUCCAAUUCGUCCGUUGUUGUAGUUUGCGGUUAGUCGCGCCGGUGUUAGGACCUUUUAAUUUUUUGGUUUCACGGUCUUAAAAUUCGCAGUUAUGAUGGAAUAUUCAGUGACUGUACCACAUUAUUCGUAUGUAUUCAAUUUUGAAUCAGAAUUUGUUCAUCAGAAAUCCAGAACAUGGAUGAUCGACAACUGGAAAAAUGGCUUUUAUUAUAUUGGAAUCUACAUGAUUCUGAUUUUUGGAGGACAAUACCUUAUGCAGAAUCGUCCAAGGUUUGAAUUAAGAGGGGUAUUGGUUGUUUGGAAUUCUUUACUUGCUGCAUUCAGUAUAAUUGGUGCAUGCAGAACACUUCCUGAGUUUUUACACAUCAUCACAAACUAUGGAUUAUAUCAUUCAGUAUGUACUCCUUCCUUCAUCGAACUUGAUAAAGUGUGUGGUUUCUGGGCAUUUAUGUUUGUGUUGAGUAAACUUCCUGAACUUGGAGACACGAUAUUCAUAGUUCUUAGAAAACAGCCCCUAAUAUUUUUACAUUGGUACCACCACAUUACUGUUCUUCUUUAUUCUUGGUUCAGUUAUACCGAAUAUACAUCAAGUGCCAGAUGGUUUAUUGUUAUGAAUUAUUGUGUUCAUUCUAUCAUGUAUUCCUACUAUGCUCUUCGUGCCAUGGGUUAUAAACCACCCAGACAAAUAGCAAUGGUUAUAACAACUCUUCAACUUCUUCAAAUGGUUAUUGGAUGUGCAAUUAACAUUUGGGCUCACCAGUUACUCCAAAGUGGAGCAGCAUGCAAUAUAACUCCUUUGAAUCUCAAGCUCUCUAUCACGAUGUAUUUGAGUUAUUUUGUUCUUUUUGCAAGAUUUUUCUACAAAGCUUAUUUGUCCAGUGGUAAGGACCGUAAGAAGGUUAAAGAGAAUGAUUAUUCCAUGUUGAAAACUAAAGCUCAUUAGAAAUAAAUCUUUUUCUAGUUAUUCUUAGGGUAUACAAAUAAUGUCAAUUACUGUACGAAAAUUAUGUAUUUCAUUGGAAGUUCCACUUGUCAGCGAUUAUUUAAAUUUAUAGGAAGGCUAUAUUUCCUAGUACUGAUUUUGCCAACAACUUUGAUGAUUCCAGUUUCAUUUGAAACUUUUUUAUGUGAAAAUCACUCAACUUCCUAUAUAAUAUAAAUAAACUACAAAAUAGAUGGUAGUAUAUUUUUGAGAUAUUUAUCCUUGUAAUUAAGGAUGAAAAUUUAUAUAUUUUCACAGUUGACUUCAAAUACUUGUACUA